CUGGCAGCGCUUCCGCCCGACGGCGCCCCAGUCCGUACGGCGCCCGGCGAAUCUGGAGGGCGAAGCUGCGGUGGAGCAAUCACAACAGGACUGUCAGAGAGGAGGCGAGCCGGGAGGAAGAUGGAAAGGCGGGUACCUGCCGCGAGCUAGCGGCGGCGGCGGCGAUGAGACAGAAGCACUACCUUGAGGCUGCAGCGCGGGGACUGCACGACAGCUGCCCAGGCCAAGCCCGCUAUCUCCUCUGGGCCUACACUUCGUCGCACGAUGAUAAAAGCACUUUUGAAGAAACGUGUCCAUACUGUUUCCAGUUGUUGGUUCUGGAUAACUCUCGAGUGCGUCUCAAACCCAAAGCCAAGUUGACACCCAAAAUACAGAAACUUCUUAAUCGAGAAGCGAGAAACUAUACACUCAGUUUUAAAGAAGCGAAAAUUGUGAAAAAGUUCAAAGACUCCAAAAGUGUGUUGUUGAUCACUUGUAAAACAUGCAACAGAACAGUGAAACAUCAUGGUAAAAGUAGAAGCUUUCUAUCAGCAUUGAAGAGCAAUCCUGCCACUCCUACAAGUAAACUCAGCCUGAAGACACCAGAGAGAAGGACUGCAAACCCAAAUCCUGACAUGUCUGGUUCCAAAGGCAAGAGUCCAGCAUCGAUUUUCAGAACACCUACGUCUGGACAGUCAGUAUCUACUUGCUCCUCAAAGAAUACAAGCAAAACAAAGAAACACUUCUCUCAACUGAAAUUGUUACUUAGUCAGAAUGAGUCCCAAAAGAAUCCAAAGGUGGACUUCAGAAAUUUCUUAUCUUCUCUGAAGGGUGGACUUUGAAAAUAAGAAGUGCCUGAUGUCAAUUCUGAAACUAAAGUAAAACAACUUUUUAAACUUUUAGUUUUUGACUACGUGGAAACUAGAUCUGAAUGCAAACUUUUCUUGGUAUCCUUCAGUGUUUAUGGGGAAAGUACCUCAUUAGUAUGAAUACCCGAAACCUGCCUACCUCAUAGGACGGCUGUGAGGAUCAAAAAAUAUAUGAAAGUUCCUUGUAGAUAUAUAUCUAUAGAUAUGUAUGUGUAUGUAUAUAAAGAUACAUAUGUACAUUGA